AUGCGUAAUUCCUUGGAAAUUCCUAGGUGGGAUUUUCGGAUCGUGCUCCAGUGGUCGGAACGUAAUUCCAUGGCCCCUUACGAUUUGCCACAAGAGUCUACCCAACCUCCACCACACACUCCUUAUCAGCAUGUUGGGUCUUCUUCAUAUGUUCAACAACCUCAAUACCAGUCGUUUGGUCAACCAGGUUUUCAACCACUUCCUUUUCCACCAUACUUGGAUGCAUCACAACCAAUGUCUUCACAUACUCCAUUCCAGCAAGUUCCAUACACAUACAACAUGUUUCCUCAACAACCAGACACUUUUUCUGGUCCUACACAAAAUGUCUUUGCAACUUCUUCGUCAACACCUCCGUCUGCAUAUCCCACAUCCUUCCAGCAAUAUUAUCGACCUACAAUGCCGCCACAAAUGGUGGAAGAUAUAAACCAAAGACAACAACAUGAAGAUAAUGAUGAUGACGAUCCAGUUCAGAGCCCUCAAUUAAGACCUAGACGACACCGAAGAAGACCUCCUUGUGGCACAGGCUCUCAUAGAUAA